AUGGAUACCCCCGUUGAAGCUUUUUCUCCUACUAUUUUUCAGAGACUUCGAUGUGUAAAGGCACUUAUUGUUUUGGAUGAUGUGGAUAGCUCAACCCAAUUAGAAGCUUUUGUUAAUGGAUGUUGUGUACUUGCUCCUGGAAGCAGAAUCAUUGUUACAACUAGAGAUGAGCAAGUGCUUAAGACAGCAACCGAUAGUAUUCACAAGGUUGAGAGGUUAAAUGACAUUGAAUCUCUUGAGCUCUUCCGAUUAUGUGCUUUUCGUGAAAACUCUUCAACAAUUGAUUAUGAAAUGGUGUUAGAGGCAACAAGAUAUGCUCAUGGGAACCCACUAGCCCUAAAGGUCUUGGGCUCUUCCCUUUGCCGUAGACCUAAAGAUGAAUGGGAAAAUGUAUUGAAGAAGCUGAAAAAUAAUCAAAAUUUGGAAAUUAAAGAAGUGUUGAAAAUCAGUUACGAUGGGCUGGAUAAUGGAAGCAAGGAUAUGUUUCUGGACAUUGCUUUCUUAUUUAAUUCAUCUUUUACAAGAGACCAUGCAAAAAGCAUCUUAGGUGAUGUUGUGGAAAUGGAAAUAACUCUUCUCAUUGAGAAGUGUUUAAUUGAAGAUGAUGAAGGUAACGAGCUACGGAUGCAUGAUUUGCUGAGGCAAAUGGGUCGAGAAAUUGGAACCGCAGCAGUUGAAGUCAUAUCAUUGGACAUGUUUGAAAUUGAAAAAAAUGUGAUAGUGCAUCCUGGAGCCUUCUCAAACAUGCGCAACCUACGACUUCUCAGAGUUUAUUAUGGUCAUUAUUAUACUGAUAGAAAUGAGUGGAUCCUCAAGUUCAAACUGUCCAUUCCUCGAGCUCUUCACUCUUAUCUUUCUACUAAGUUAAGGUUUUUACAAUGGGACUCAUACCCUUCGAAAUCGUUGCCAUCACAAUUUAAUCCUGAGAAUCUUGUUGGACUUCUACUGCGUGGCAGCCAUGUUGAAAAGCUUUGGAAUACUCGUAAAGUUGUGUAUCUUCCGGUGUUAAGAAGGAUGGAUCUUAGUUUUUCCAAGUUCCUUACUCAAGUACCAGAUCUGACACAGGCUCCUAAUCUGGAAAAGAUAAAUCUUGAAGGCUGUACAAGCUUGGUUCAGUUUCGUUCAUCUCUUCAAAAUAUUGACGAGCUUACUUGUCUAAAUUUGAAUGGCUGCUCCAAACUUAGAUAUGGUGAAGGGAUGUUACGGAGUACAGAGGAAUUAUCUGAAAGUUGGAUCCUAAAGUUAAUAAGCAAUGUAUUGCCCUACCCAUCUCAGGCACACAUUUCUCAAAAGUUUGCACCCAAUUUAAGAUGUUUAGUUUUACGUGAGACAGCUAUAGAAACAGUGCCCCCAUCAAUUUGGUAUCUGUCGGCUCUUGUUGAAUUAGAUUUGGGGUUUUGCAAAAGACUUAAAAGUCUUCCAACAAGCAUUUGUCAUUUGAAAUCUCUUGAAUCAUUAUAUCUAAAAGGUUGUGAGAAACUGAAAAAGCUGCCAGAAAUCUUGGAGCCUAUGGUACGGUUAAAGCAACUUUAUUUAAGUGAGAGUGGGAUUAAAGAGUUGCCAGAGUCGACUGAAAAUCUAGUAUCCCUUAAAAUUUUAUGUAUGAAUGAAUGCCAGUACCUUGAGUUUCUCCCCAACAGUCUAGGUAAAUUAAAGAACCUUAGCCUGAUGUCGCUCUACUACUGUUCAAAAAUUCAAGAAUUGCCUCCCAUUUCACCAUCUUUGAACACCUUGUGUGUGAGUUAUUGUCAUAGAUUGAAAUCUUUGCCAGAGAUUCCAUCUCAAUUUUUAAGAUCUUUACCAAAGAUUCCAACUCGACUUUUAAGUGUUUGUGAACGUGGCUGUACAUCAUGGUCUGAUUACUUUACAUUUUACGGUUGUGAAAAACUGGAUCAGAACACACGCAACAUGCUUGCUGAUCAGGCACUAUUUCAUAUUUUGUCUCGUCUGAAUGGAUUCUCUGCCAGUGGUUGUCGUUCAGAUUAUUUUUGCUAUCCAGGAGAUGAAAUUCUAGAGUGGUUCGACCAUCAAACUUGUGGGAAUUCAAUCAGUAAUAUUGUAUCUCCUUCAAAUUGGAAUGAUCCCGAAUUCUUGUCUUUAGCUUUCUGCAUUGUUCUUCAUCAGAAUACAAUUGUCUUGGGUACAGAUUUUAAAGUCAAAUGGAAAUUCAAUUCCCAAACCAUCCCUUUUUGGAAUUCGUUUCCAAAUCUUUGGCCCAACAAAGUUAGGGAUAGGGAGAGUUCAGAUCACGUGUUCAUGGCGCAUGUAACAAAAUCGGUUUUGCGACAGAAAAUGGAUGAUCUAAAAUGGCCAAAUACUUGUUGCACUGACGUCUCUUUCCAUGCCUAUUUGGGUCCAAAUGAGUCUCGCGAGAUUAAGAAGUUUGGGGUUCGGUUUAUAUACAGACAAGACUUAGAGAGGUUAUAUGAAAAAAAGACAGAAUAA